UGAAAAACAAUGUAAUUUGUUUUGUCAAAGUCGUCGAUAAUGCUUCUGAAAACAGUCGGUUCUACAUGCCUGAAAACAUUCCUUCAAAGAUCGAAUGUGUUACAAAUCCCUAUUCAAUCAGCAGGACAUUGGUUAAGAGAUCAUGCUCCUGAACCCAAACCACCCGUAAAAACAGAGGAAAUACUUGCUGCCGCAGAAAAAUACAAUCUUCUGCCUUCUGAGUAUAAGACAUUCCCGGACGACGGAUUUGGUUACGGAGAUUACCCAAAUUUACCGUUAAUGUCAUCCGAUGCUAAAGACAAGAAUUAUCCAUAUGAUAAUCCGGAACUGAGAAGAAAUUUUAAUGAACCACUUCAUGUACUUGCGGAUAUACUGAUUGAGGAAAGAUGUAAUCGUAACAUAAGACUUCGUAAGUCACAAUUCGUCUAUUUAUUAGAGACUCUGGGAGUUUUUGCAACAUUAUGGACAAUUUAUAUUUAUCUAGAAGACAAGAAAAAGUUUCUCCCUUUGUUGCGGAAACAAUUUCCUGGAGACGAAUGCCAGAUACAUUACACAUUCGAACAAAAGCCGCCAAAGAAAAAAGAUGAAUGUGAAUAUUGUACAUAACAUUCUAUCAAACAAUAUUAAGAUUUAUCUUCACCAAAUUUUAACUCGAUUGUUAAAAAAUAAACUAUGGUUUAAUUCUUA